GGAAAUGUCUCCGAAAUCCCAUCCCCUUCUCUAUAAGUUUCAGGGAUUUUCUUUGAAGCAACUUCCCAGGUCAACUGAAGCUUAAAUUCGUUUAUUUCCCGAUUCAGAAUUCUCUGCUUAACCCACAAGUCAAGUCCAUUUCUUGAACUAGUAGCAGCUAUGUACCAGGAGGGAGCAUCUGAGUUUGUUAUUGAUGAGGGAAUGUACUACCCUACAGCCACCAACUAUGUAUAUUAUUGUACAGGUUUUGAAUCACCCGUUGAAUGGGAGGACCACCAGAAUAUUUUAGUUGCAGAUGGUCCAGAUGUCCAAUAUUCGGGUUCCCAAACUGAAACUUUUCCUUAUGUAUAUUACACACCAAGCUAUGGAUAUGCACAGUCUUCACACAACCCAUACAAUCCUUACAUACCUGGUGCUGUGGCUGGUGACAGCCCACUCGUAGGAGCGCAACAAUAUUACACUAUCACCCCUUAUCAAAACCCUGUAUCUCCAACCGGUUAUGUUCCUGUUUUCAUCCAACCAGAUAACAUUCCAAAUAGUUCAACAGACUUUUUGUUAGAUACUCAUGCAUCAAUCGGUACUAGACCCGACGGAAGAGGAGCUAAACAUAUCCUUGGUUCAGCAUCUGCAACCCUUUCCCGAGAAUCUACUCCUAAUCAGGCUGAUUCCUUGAGCAGGGUUACAGAUGGACAAAGUAAGGAUUAUGCAAUCCAGGGAAGAAUUCCUGGUGGUUUUGAGUCAGCUUCCGCACAGGCUCAUCAGGUUGGAGUUGCUUCGUGUUCCUUUCAGCCCAUUGGCAACAUUCCUGGUGGAAAACUCCAAUCUCACCAUAAUCAUUUAAAAGAAGAUCUUCCAAUUAGUAAUGCCAUUUCUGCCUAUGGAGCAAGUGCACCUGGAUUUGGUGCUCUGGAUAAACUUCAACCCAAGAUCCAUGUUGGAAGGGUUUUCAAUGAUGCACAUGGCUUCCCGGAUACAUGGGCUGAGCAGAAUCGAGGUCCUAGAACCAACAGAUCUAAAAACCAACUCGUGGUUAAAGCAUACACAAGUAAAGCGGGAAAUAAUGAUGCUGAAGGAAACAUCAUUAUUUAUACUGACCGAUAUAACAAGGAUAAUUUUCCAGUUGACUGUGUUGAUGCAAAAUUUUUUGUAAUAAAAUCAUAUAGUGAGGAUGAUGUACACAAGAGUAUUAAAUACAAUGUUUGGUCUUCUACACCCCAUGGGAACAAGAAACUUGAGAGUGCUUUUGAAGAUGCACAGAAAAUAACUGCAGGGAAAUCUAGAAGCUGCCCCAUCUUCCUCUUCUUUUCUGUUAAUGCCACUGGACAAUUCUGUGGCGUAGCGGAGAUGAUUGGUCCGGUUGACUUCCAAAAGGACAUGGACUUUUGGCAGAACGAUAAGUGGAGUGGAAGCUUCCCUGUCACAUGGCACAUCGUUAAAGAUGCUCCAAACAGCCAUUUUAGACGCAUCAUAUUAGAAAACAAUGAAAACAAGCCAGUGACUAAUAGCAGGGAUACACAAGAGAUAAUGUACAAACAAGGUAUGGAGAUGCUGAAAAUAUUCAAAAAUCACGUUAUGAAGACAUCUCUACUUGACGACUUUAUGUACUAUGAAAAUCGUCAGAGAAUCAUGCAGGAAGAGAGAGCCAUGCAGCUAUUUAAAAGUUCGGAGAGCCCGGUCCUAGCACCUGCGAGUGCAUUUGAUCCUGCCAGUAAGAUAAACCAUGGUGAGCUACUUCUGAAUGAAAAUAAGAGAAGUACCAAGAAAAGUGAUCUGGGAUUGUUGAGGACUGUUGUCGCUUCAUCUGGUCAGCAUGUUUCUUCGGAUUUUGAUACAUCAAACGCAAGAUCAAUGAAUGAAGCUAAAGAUGAUGCAUCUAAUUUGAAGACUAGCUCUCUCUGCAUAAAUCCAAAGCAGGAUGAGUCUAAAUUCUCUGCGGAUGCUGCUACAAAAACUGAUGCUGUUGAGGUGGUAAACGUAGGAUCAAUGACAUUAAAAGUCAGUGGAUUUACUGAAUCACCCGGUGUUCUAACCGUUGGUGCUAUUCCUCUUAAUCCCAAGACCCUACAGCUUGAUGAAGGUGGUAUUUCCUCCAAAAAGGGUACGUAGUUGCGCUGAGGCUCAUGAUUAACUGGUCUUAUUUCUUUGCUGGAACCUGGUGCAGUUAUGGUGGCAGUGUUAACUGUUGUAAAUCGGAGUGUAUAAUCAUUGUUCAUUGUUGUAGGGUGGCUAAUCCACAAAUGCAUGUCCAGGUCAGCCUUUGCUUGCUGUUCUUUUGGCCCCUUAAAUUAUCCAAGCUUGGCUUCAAAUCCAUCAAUACUAAAAAAAUACAGUUGUUUUAGCUUUUUGUUAGGGGGGAGGUGCUUGCACUUUGAAUAAGUGGGAAAACAAUGU